GCACAUGGAUUUGCUCAGUGCGUGUUUGCCUGCCCCAUCCCCGCAGGGUUUGAGCCAACUGCCUGGCCAGGAUGAGCUGGAGUUUCCUGACGCGGCUCCUGGAGGAGAUCAACAACCACUCGACCUUCGUGGGCAAGAUCUGGCUGACCGUCCUCAUCGUCUUCCGCAUCGUGCUGACGGCCGGGGGGGGCGGGGCCAUCUACUACGACGAGCAGAGCAAGUUUGUCUGUAACACACAGCAGCCGGGCUGCGAGAACGUCUGCUACGACGCCUUCGCCCCGCUCUCCCAUGUCCGCUUCUGGAUCUUCCAGAUCAUCAUGGUGGCCACGCCAUCAGUGCUCUACCUGGUUUUUUUUUCAGUGCUCUACCUGGGCUUUGCCUUGCACCGCAUCGCCCGCAUGCCCGAGUCCUCGCGGCGCCGGGCACCAGCAGCCCGGCGGGCACGUAUGCCGGUGGUGCGCCGGGGAGCCGGGCGGGACUACGAGGAGGCGGAGGACGAUAAUGAAGAAGACCCCAUGAUCUUUGAGGAGAUCGAGGUGGAGAAGGAGAAGAGCCCAGAGGGCGGAGAGAAGCAUGACGGCAGGCGCCGCAUCAAGCAGGAUGGGCUGAUGCGUGCCUACGUCCUGCACUUGCUGUGCCGCUCGCUGCUGGAGACAGCUUUCCUCUUUGGGCAGUACCUGCUGUACCGCUUCGAGGUGAGCCCCUCCUACGUCUGCAGCCGCAGCCCCUGCCCACACACCGUCGACUGCUUCGUCUCCCGCCCAACCGAGAAGACCAUCUUCCUCCUCAUCAUGUAUGCCGUCAGCGGGCUCUGCCUCUUCCUCAACCUCUGCGAGCUCGUGCACCUUGGUGUGGGACGCAUCCGGGACGCCCUGAGCCAGCCCGACAGCCCCCCGCUCCCAGCGGGCAGCAGCCCUAUGCCGCAGUACCCCAAGAAAGCCCCCGGCGCACCCCCCACUUACCACUCGCUGAAGAACCCCGAGGCCAACGGCAUCGCUGCCGAGCAGAACCGUCUCAACCUCGCCCAUGAGAAGGGGACCACUGCCUGCGAGAGGACCACGGGGCUGUGA